AUGAGCGGACAGGAUGGCCAGAUUCCCCAUUCUGGAAAUAACAUUUUACUGGCUUCCCUGAAAGCUGGAGCCUUGAGCGGCUCUGCUGGUCUCGUGUAUGGCGGCAUUUCGGGAGUCAUCCGGUCUCCUCACCCAGUGAUCCAUUCAAUCUCUUGCGGGAUCCACUGGUUUGCAUGCGGGACUUCCUUCUGGUGGCUACGGAGUAAUAUCCUACACCUCCAUUAUCAGGACCAGGCCACUCCGAAGCAGCGCGCUUAUGUUAGCGCGGUUUCUGGCGGAAUCGCUGGUGGUGCCGUGACCAGACUGAUGGGAGGUCGACUGGUUCCAGGGGUCGUUAUCUUCUCGCUACUCGGCUUUCUUGGGCAAAGUUCUUUCAAUGCGAUCGACACAUGGCAAAUGGAGCAUGCGAAUACCCCAUCAAAGCCGAUCCUGCAGCGAAUUGCAGAUUCCAAAUGGAUUCCACUGAAGACUCUGUCGGACGACGAUUACAGGGGAAUCCUGGGCGAAAAAUUACUCAGCAUCGAGGCGGAGAUCGCGAUUAUCGACGAGAAGAUCCAAGAGUUGGAGAAGUCCAAGGCCAAUGGACCGGUUGCGGUUGAAUCGGCGCCUUUAACUACUACUAAAUGA